AGAUGGAAUUUGGAGCAAAAGGACAGAAGAAGCCAAAACCCAUUGAUGUGUUUAAGAAUGUCAAGGGCAGAUAUACUGGUUUAAUUAAAGCUCUCACAACAGAUGUGGAAGAACUUUAUAAGCAGUGUGAUCCUGAAAAGGAGAACUUAAGCUUGUAUGGACUCCCAAAUGAGCAAUGGGAGGUCAAUCUACCUGCUGAAGAUUCACCACCAAGCCUUCCAGAGCCUGUUCUUGGUAUCAACUUUGCUAGAGAGGGGAUGGAACAAAAGGAGUGGCUUUCUUUUGUUGCCUAUCACAGUGAUUCUUGGUUGCUUGCUAUUGCCUUCUACGCUGGUGCUAGAUUUGGAUUUGGCAAAGCCGAGAGGAAGAAGCUCUUUGACAUGAUAAAUGAUUUACCUUCAAUACAUGAAGUAGUGAUUGGUGUGCCAGAGACGCAACAAAAAGAAAAACCUACAGUCCCUAAUCAAAGUAAAAACAAAUCCAAGCCAAACGCCAGUAAGAGGGCAUCGGAGCCUCAGGGUAUGCUUACAAAGUUACAGCAAAAAUAUGAAGAUGAUGAUGAUGAUGAUGAAGAAGCAGGAGACGAAGAAGAUAAAGAAGACGAGGAGGAAUGGGGUAUUGAGAUGGAUGUUGAAGAGGAGGAAGGUGAGACACUGUGCGGCGUAUGUGAGGGGAAGUAUGCAAAGGAUGAAUUUUGGAUAUGUUGCGAUCAUUGUGAAACAUGGUUCCACGGCCAGUGUGUGAAGAUCACCGCUGCCACAGCUGAGUACAUUAAGCAAUACAAGUGCCCGCCUUGCAGCAGCAAAAGAUCCCGGACUCACUUUACAGAAUACUGAUCAACAAGAGUUCUCUUGCUGCUAAGUGCAGCUAACUGUUUUAGUUAGGCUAUUCAUGAUGUUUAGCAAAAAUGUCUGAAGUUCAGUCUCAGCCAUAUGAAACUUCAAAUGUUUUAUCUCAAGUUAGACUUUGUUAAGACUAACUUCAGUCGUUGCAUGUCUGAAGUUGUCCCCAAG